AUGGUUGGGAGAGUUGAUGAUGCCGAGAAGAAUAGGCUAAUUGAGAAGCUUUCCAUAAAAAUCGGCAAACGAGCAGACGGAUUACCUGAUGCUUCUGCCAGCGACAUUCUACAUCCGCAGUAUGAGGGAAUCAUGUCCCUGGUUCCGCCAGGGGGUGCGGACUCCCCCAGUCCGCGGCGGGCAGUGAGUCCACUGCUGGAGAUGCGUAGGCCACACUGCACUCUGGCCUGCGACUAUUGCGCUGCCAUACUUGAGGACAAGUUCAAACGCAGCGCCGACAUGCGCAACAGAGGAACUUCACCUCUAUCAGCCUCACCACGGCAGUCCCUCACGGGGGAACCUCCCUGGACACUCCCGGAUGAUGACCGACCUGAUUUCUCAGCACUCAAGGAAAAUAUACAAAGGAUUAACAAGGAUUGUGAGACCUCGACACGUUUGGACAUGCUGUUGACACAAGUGGAGCAGUACGCAAAUAACCUGGAGGCGCUGGUAGAGGAGAGGACUUCUGACUAUCUGGAGGAAAAGAGGAAAUGCGAGGAACUACUGUAUCAGCUUCUACCAAAGUCAGUAGCCUCCCAGCUGAUAAUGGGCCAGCCUGUCAUGGCAGAGACCUAUGACCAAGUGACGAUCUACUUCAGUGACAUCAUUGGUUUCACCCAGCUGUCGGCAGAGUCCACGCCCCUGGAGGUAGUAGACUUGCUCAAUGAUCUGUACACAAGCUUCGACUCCAUCAUUGAAAAUUUUGAUGUAUACAAGGUAGAGACAAUAGGGGACGCGUACAUGGUGGUGUCCGGCCUACCGAUGCGCAAUGGCAACCGGCAUGCAGCUGAGAUCGCGCGCAUGUCCCUUGCUCUACUGAACGCUGUGCGCGUCAAGACUGUACCACAUCGGCCUGGAGAACGACUGUUACUGAGGAUUGGAAUGCAUACAGGGGUUCUUCCUCAUGAGCAGCGUGCGCGGACGCGGCGACGUCGUGCAGCCUACUGGUUAGCGUUGGCGCCUGCAUCGCUGUUGAUGGUUGCGCUGCGGCGAGUCCAACGCGCCAUCUGCCGGAUACCACGCGCGUUUGCUGCCAUCUCCGGCGGCGGCGCGUGUGACGAUGUUGAGGCGCACGGUACGUUCACCAGUGGCGCGGGUAGUGGGUUCGAUUCCGGGCCCGGCACAAAGUCUGUGUUACAUAUGACGCUUACUGUGUCACACUCCAGACUGGAUACGCUUCGGACCGACGUAGUCUCCAAGCUCGGCUUCCACGCGGGUGGCAAUGAGGAAGAACCCCUCUGUGGUUCGAAACUAGUAGAGCUUUUCUCAACAUUUACACGACCCUGCGUGGCGGGAGUGGUGGGUCUGAAGAUGCCUCGGUAUUGUCUCUUCGGAGACACAGUGAACACCGCAUCACGAAUGGAGUCUCAUGGAGAGGCCCUGAAGAUACAUGUCAGCCCGAAGACCAAGGAGGUUCUGGACUUAUAUGACUGCUUUGAACUUGAAUGCAGGGGAGAAAUAUCCAUGAAGGGCAAAGGUAAAAUGGUCACAUACUGGCUAAUCGGGGAGAAAAAACCAGAAAAUCAAGAAUGCUACUACACACAAACAAACCAUGUCCAGAGCACAUUGGUGAGCAAUCCAAGCAUCACGUUUCAGGGUCCUGACAGCCCUGCUUCUCAUUCUCUAACACAAAGUCACAGCCCUGAACAGAACAUUCCAGAAACAAAAGAAAACAAUCGCCCACUGGAGAUACAGAGCGAGAGAGAUCGCAUCAAACAUGAGAUAGCAACAUUUGUCGCUAAAGACUUGAUCAACAACAUUGAUAUCGCUGUCAGAGAAUUUCGGAAGUCUCAAAGCGCAAAUUUUGUCACAACAACCAACAAACCAUUAUGCAAUGGAAACGAAAAAGGCCUGAUAACUCCGACUUAUGAUAAAGAGCUCGUGAUAAGCAAAGAUCGUUGGUUGCAAUUUAUGCUGUAA